AUGGCAGCAUUGACCGAUACCGAAAUCGAGAAGCUAUUCUCCGGAGCUCCGCAAUUCUUCGCUCGGUCUCAAGGUCACGGCACCGGUGCCCCGCACCCAUCCAUCGGAGACAAUGCUUGGGGUUGCGUCACUGCUGGACCCCGGAUCAUUCUCCGGGACCCCCUAUCCGUAGAGUCGCCGUCCAGCAAGAAGCGGCCUCACUUCAAUGCGAGAUGCCAAGAACGGCCAAACAUGCUUAGCAUGCAAGGUUUAGAGAAAGGAACUAUCGGUUAUCAAGCUGCUUUGGAAAUUUCUGUUGCCGACUCCCUGCAAGAGGAGCAGUAUGGUUUCGACAGCUUGGGAUCCAAGGGUCAUGUCAUUGUAGAGCAGCGUCAGAGGCUAAUAACCUCCAAGGAUAGCUUGCGGCAUCUCGAUGAUUCGGAUAUCAUGGAACGUCUAAUCGAAUUGGAGGAGGAAAUAUAUCAGGCAGAGCGAAGGGGUGUCCGGAUAAAAUCUCAGGAGCUUUAUAAUGAGUUAUUCGCUAAAGUUCUCUAUCCACCAACCAGGGUUAUUGACCCAAAAGAUCCAUACAGCUUAGCUGUGCAAAUUCAUGCCUUAGUAAAGGUACUUGCGGCGCCGAAUGCCUGGACCGACUUCUCCCGUGUCGAAUGGAGGAUCCGCCUUGGCCAAAUUUUGUGGGCCUUCCCCUUGGAUGAUGAGAUCUUAGACGGAGCUUCUAUUAAUGAGGGAAACGACGCGCAAGAUCGAAGUGAAGAGCGAUAUUGGCUGCUACUUCAAAUCCUUCUUUCCUGCGAACUCCUUAUUCGAUUGGAUGCCAUCACAGAGGGCGAUGAAUUUAUGUUAUCGCACUACCUCAUGUCGGCUUUACUAGAGGUUGAUGAAACUGCAUUGGCAAGGCUCGGUCCACUGGCAAAUCUCUCUGGCGGGUUCGUCUACAGCGGAAAGAGUUUCUGGAGCACAGCUUGCAUCGUGGGCCGUGUGUUGGCUGCUGGACAGGGUGCGGCAGAAUGUAUGGGCUGGAUAUCGAGCGACGUGACUCCUCGAGGGUUUGGCGAGGGUUGGGUAAACAUUGCAGUUGAUGCAAUCCCAGGUGAUGCUGACCCUUCGAGCGUACUGCCCGCUGACUUUAUAAUCCCGUACGAAAAUGCAUACCCCAAUCCGCCUCCCUCGAAUAUUAAAAUCGAGCUUAAAUCGUUAAAUUUAAACGCCCCGGUAGACAAUGGAAGUACAACACCUACCGCAGAUAUGAGUUCCCGCCCGUUUCCGGAUUCCACCAAGAAAGAGGGCGCAGAAAUCCAGACUUACCCUGCUUCUGUAGCGUUUACAAUGUCUCACGAUACGCUUGAAAGAGACGAGCAUCACAACUUUACGCUUUCCAAUGACGUCUACUUUGUUACUGCCCAUCCUUGCGUCGCCUCCAGUUAUGUCAAAUAUUUCAAAUCUCCCACUAGCCCUACUAUCCAGCAAAUCGACGUCGGAGGUCAUAAUUUCAAUGGCAAGUCUUCUAGCGCGGCACAUAUUACAGGUUUGUAUCCCUGCAUCACGCUUCUCUUACUGCGUCUUACUGACUCUUGCAAGGCCAUCCGCUCCAUCGAUUUUAUCACUAUACGGCGAUUCAUCUCACAGAUCUCAUUAAGCAUCCUUCCGCGAGUCUAG